AUGGUCUUGCUCGUAUUGGAACAUAACUUGAACGAACAAGAGGAAACCCACGUGCUGACAGAGUACGGUAUUGGUGAUUCGCGCCUCGACCACGCAAGUGAGGCGUUUCGUAAUCCCCACAGUCCAACACACGGCUCUGUAACGCCCGCUGGUGACUCAGGCGACGAUCCGAUUCAUGACAAGGACUCAAGCAUAAGCUCCAGUAUACGCAGCCAAAAGUAUACCCAAUCUACUCUGGAAAACAGCCAAGAAACCCAAGGCGAUCAAAUGGGCGGCCCAGUAGGAGUACCGAGUCUCCGCCAGUUUGCAUUGUUUAACUUCAAGGUUGAAGAUGACAUUCGCAACUGGAAUCGGCUUGUUCCUCGACCGUUCGACACUAGGGACAUGCGUUGGGCCGAUCAUCUGAAAUACUUUCCUUACAGCUUCACGGUUGGACCGACCAGCCUACCGCCAGCUUCCGUGCAUCUGUCAGAUGACACUGUAGGACAACUUAUCGAGUUGGCCAAAUCGGGACACAUCGAGCUUGCAACCCUUGGAGAGAGAUGGCCGAACAUCUUCAACGCAACUGGUGUUCUUCACAAAGCCAGACGACCCAUGGGCGAUCCAUUCGUCAACGAUGGCAAGAUAGUCGCUACGAACAAUGGGGCGCAGUUGCUUUGCGGCGCAAAGUAUGGUCAGUUGCCUAAACCGGGUGAAGGACCAAAGAAGUGGUAUUGGUUACGGGAGCCGAUCGGAAAAGCACGCCUACUCCAGACUGAUCUUUUGCCAAACACCGAAAGCGACCCAGCCGACCAGUCCUACUCUUUCAAGGCAUUGGACAGUUCUCAAUGCAAGCUAAAUGCAUAUCCAAGCGGUUUCAUAUUCCCUGAUGAUUCAGGGAAGCCCAACAACAGCCUCAAGGUCAACUACGCACAAGCAACCGCCCCUCAUAUAGCCAAGCCUUACGCAGUCAACGUGGUGAGGAGGAAACCAGACGGAAAAGAGGAUCUCUCGGGUUACUUCACCGAUAGAGAAGACACUGAAGAUGCACUAGGCCGAUUUGCACUUAUCGCUUUUGCUCAAGCAACCCCCAGUAUUACCAAAGCCACGGCAGUCAGGAAGCUCUCUAAAACCGAGAUCUCUAAGUAUAGGAAGCUGGCAGGCAAGAAACGAAUCGAGGAUGAAGAACCUAGCCGAGCUCAGGCUUCACCUCCGGCCAUAGCUCAAGCUGUCCCUGUCAAACAAGUACAGCCAAACAGCAACAUCACUCAACCAACUGGCAACACGGUCUGGCCGCCUGAGAAGAAGGCUCUUAUGGCGAGCGCAGCAGCGGCAUAUCUCAACAAUCUGAAUGUCGCCCACCAAGUCAAACCUGGCCAGAUAUUGAGUCUAGUGAACAACAACCCUUCUUACGACGAACUAUGCGAACAACUAGAGAAGAUGGGUUUGAAGCUAGACCGCGCUGUAUUCACGAAGAGCUUACUUGUAGCGGUACCAGCCAAGCAGAAGAGGGAAACGCUCGACCGAGCCCAAAGCUCCACUCAUGAUGAUACUCCGACUAGGAAACCUAAGUCUAGGCCUGAAUCGUCCAACCAAGUGUCUUCAGCCGUGAAGAAAGACUCAGGACAGACGAUCGACAUGGAUAUCAACCGCGUACGCGGCUUGCGUCCCAUCGAGUACCCCAUUCCAUCCAGUUCGGACGAAGAAGAACAAGAGGCAACUGCAGAAAGUCGUGCUCAGUCGACUGAGCUCAAGGAAGGAACCGACGCCCAUGCAGACACACUUGUGUUACUCCAACGACUCCAGCACUCAGAGCAUCGCAUGGCUGAGCUCCUAGCUUUGAUGACCCAAUUCACAAAUGGCCAACGCGAUUUCUACAUAUCGACCCUAGGAGUUAUUGAGAACGCCAUCAAAGACAUCGAGGGGAAGACUGGGCAAGAUCAAACCAUGAAAGCAGACUUGAGCAGGUACAUCGGUCGAUUGAUGAGAAGGACAGACGGAUAUUCAACUGAGAUGGCAAUAAAGGUUUCGCAGUUGAGUGACGCUCUCGAUUCAUCAGCUUGUGACGUGGACGCUACACUCGAACGAAACAGUUGCGAGUCGUAUGACUGGUGCAAGACAAAAACGCUUCGAGAUGACUUCCCAAAAGAGAGUCCAGUCAUACCUCAAGCGAUCGUCAUACCAAACGCCAAAGGAGCCAGCUAUGGGGUGAGUGAUGUCUUCAAGAGAACGCAGGGAUAUCGGGACUUGGUCAAUCAGGAAGACUCCGACGGCGGUUCAGAUUUCGAUACCGACAAGCUCGGCAGCAACAUGGGUAGCUAUCCUACAAGCGCCAUCAACUCUGACCAACAAGGUCCAGACGAAAUGUUGACUGGGUUGUUGAAGGAGGUCAAAGCUACAAAGUCAGAUAAGACUACCGAUUUGACUGACUAUCUCGAACAAAGGCGGCUUGAGCUAGCAAACACUGAUCCAGUUAACCGGGAGCAAAACAUCGACAAGUCCACGAACUCUAAUACAGAUAGCGACUCGGAGAGUGAGACAUAUCAAUCGAAGAAAAAGUUGAACAACUCGGACGAUGAAGCAUCUUCGGCCAAGUCAACGUCGGUUUCGGUGAAGUCGAGGAAGCGGAAACCCUACCAGAUCUCCGGUUUGAGUUCAACUAAGCAGCCACCCGCACGUCCUGGCAAGAGGCAGAAACGUUCGACCAACCACAGCAUCAACGAAGAAGGAACAAAUUCGGAUUCCAGUGUGCCGCCCAAACGAGUCCGCAAACCAUCUGCUAAGGCCAAGUCAGCGGAAGAUACUAAGAAGCUCGUCAAGGCGCAGGGAAUGAAGAGCAAGGCAAAGACUAGAAGUGCUGGUGGGCUUGGAAGUGGAGAGUCAGGCAAGGUGAAGUAA